AUGUUCUGUGAUGUGCCUGCCAGCAGCAAAAUCUUAGAGGGUUAUCGCGCUCUUAAACCCUCUGGAUUUCGCCCAUUGAAUGCUGAAUUUCAAGAGAUUUUGGCUGAGGUAGACAAGGGCAAGAAAGGAGGAAGAGGGUCCAAGAAGACUGGCAAGAAAGACACAUCAAAGGAAGGACCAUCUAAGGCUGCAAAACUUCAACCCAAAAAGCGAAAGGCUCCUGCUGCAUCUACUGUUGCUCCGAAACGGCCAAAGCAGCCUGUUAAACGGCGAAAGUCUCCAACUCCUUCUCCAUCUCAGAGUGAAGACGAAAGCUCUGACUCCGAGUUUGAGGUUCGCGUUGAAGACAACCAACAGGUUGGUAAUGAAGAAGAAGAGCAUGUUCACACUGAGGAGGAAGAUCAAGUUCGCUCCGACCCACCUUUUCACACCAAGGAUCCAUCUCCGAAUCGUGAGGUCACUCUACCACUUAACGAUUAUGUUCCUUCUCAUCCUCCUUCACCAAAAACCACCACUUCUAUCCCAAUCACCAUUGCACCUUGUCCACCACCAGUAUCAUCUCAACCAACAACAGUUACUGUUACUACUCCUAUCUUCACUGAUUCUACCAUCCCACCCAAAACCUCUGCAGUGAGAAGUUUUAUCACCAAUGUCACUGGACUGCUCUCCGAUAUCAUCGAGACUAGGGAUCCGGUGAUUUCAUUAAAUGUUAAGAAGCAUUUAAGUGAGAAGCUUAGUUCGGUGUUUGCUAUGUUACACCGUUUGGAGGGUGUUUCAAAACCGGUGUCUUUUUCGAAACAAGGGGGAGAUGGUGGCUCCAAUGCUCAAAUGAACGAACCUCCCAAAGCCCCUGCAAAACCAUUUAUUGGCAAUGACGACGAAGACGAAGAGCCUGAUGAAGCUGAGCUCAAAAGGCGGAAGGCUCGCGAAGCAGAAAUUAAAUGA